AUGGCCGACGCGGUGAACUCGCCGCAACGAAAACGGCCACGGCCAGUAGAUUCGCCUAGUCGCAGCGACACUCAAGAAGGGUUGUUAGAGUUCGAUCACGACAUGGUCUCCAUUGGUCGACACACGCCUAAAUCACCUCGACCGGCAUUAGCACCGCGAGAGCCCAAUUUCCUGAAUGGCCCAUCAGUGAGCAAAUCCAAUUUUGGCGUUCUUGAAUCUAAACGUAUAAUAAGCGAAAAGGACUCGUUAAUAUUCCAGCUAAGACUCCAGGUGGAUGAACUUAAACGUGCUUUAGACAAAGUACCUCACGACACACGCGAGGCCAUGCAAACUACUGAAAGACUGCAAUCACAGCUUGAAACUGCGCGCAACACCGUUCGUGAUCAAAAUGAGUAUAUUGAAGAGCUCAAAGACGACUUGGCCGAUAUUCAAAAUGCUAAUAUUGAUAUUCAGAAAAUCGAGCUGGCGUACGAGGAGCUGCAAGAUCGACUAGAAGAAACCGCUGAGAAAUUAAAAAAGCGGGAACAUGAGAUCGAGAACUUGAAUAUUGAAAUUGAUACGCUCCGGACUACUAAUAGCCAGAAUGCAAAGCUGGCAGCAUCGCGUCCUCUUGCCGAUGAUGCCAAAGUACGUGCUCAAUUGGUUGAGGCGCUCGGUAAAGCUACACACUUUCAAACUGAUAUUGCUAGAUUGAGAAUCGAACGUCAGGAGCUUUUUAAUAAACUUACAGAGGAACGUGAAGCUGCAAAGAUCGAACGCGCCCAACUCCGUGACGAGAUCACUGAUCUUAAAUCAAAGAUUGAGGUACAACACCUUGAAAUCCAAGCUGCAAAGCAAGAAACCGAUGCUGCAAGAGCAGCUGCUAAGGCGCUCGAAGAGGCUCAUGCUCGCACUAAUGAAACAGAAAAUGCCCGCUACGAGAAGCUUGAAGCAGACUAUAAAGAAAAAACCGAAGAACUCAAAACAACAAGGGCCGAAAUGUCUCAACGUAUUUCGGAUCUCCAAUCGCAAGUGACCAGUCUGGAAUCUCAGAUUUUAGCUGAAAAACGAGCAGCUCAGUCCGCUGAAUCUACUCGUGAUGCAACUCUACUUCAGUUAAAACCCGAGCUUGCCAGAGCUCAAUCUAGAGUCCGUGAGUUGGAAUUGCAGAUUGAGCUCUUGAAAGAUCAAGCACAAAACCGCCUAGAUGAAACCCAGCAACAGGCGGAAGAACGCGCCAGUUCCCGAGCUAGCAAAUACGAGGCUCAGGUUGAGCAACUUCAAACCGAGCUGGAGGCUAGUCGCGGUGAAGCAAAAUCUUUGGCUAAUGAUAUCAAAAGGCUUGAACUUGCUGCACGUGAACGCUACGUGGCUCAUACAGACGAGACGAAGCAGCUAAAGGCUCAGGUGGCAGAUGAGUAUGAGAAACGAAAUGCAGCUGAGGCUGAGCUUGAGAGAUUGAGAUUGGAGGUUGAAACACUUAAAAGAAGCCAAAGAACGCUUUCAGACAGACAGCGCGAACUUGAGCAGGAGACGAGCCAGCUACAAGUUGCGAACCGCCGAGCUGUGAAUGAAGCUAAAGCAAUUGAGGCAGAUAAACUCCGGCUUCAACUGAAACUCGAGUCAAUUGAAGGUCGGCCACUAUCAGCUAGUGAACGUGCUUCUUUCGAAGAGACGAAGUUGGCUUAUGAAGUAUACAAAUCCGAAAGUGUGCGUCAAAAAACCGAAUGGGAGCGCACGUACAACACUAUGCAGGAAGAAAUCAAGGUCGCACAAUCAAAGAUAUCCAGUUUGCAGGACCAAGUUGACAUGUAUUCUCAGAAUGACCAGAAGCGUCUGCAAGAGCAGUCUUGGCGAAUUGAGGCCAGCCUCAAGGAAACCUGGGAUCGUGAACAAGCCAGACUUGCGACCGAAAUCAACAACUUAUCUAAAGAGCUCUUUUCAGCUCGACAAUUGCAUCUUGAAGUCGUGCGACAGCUUGAGGAGGCGCAGCAGCAGGUUGUUUUACGCCAAACUGUAAUUACCGAGCACGAGUUACAACAGACCCGGCUAAGAAACCAGUUCCAUGAGCUUGAUCAAACUAUUGCUGUUCGCGAUAAUGAAGUUCGUUCACUCAGAGAACAGAUGGCUCAUUAUGCAGCAAAAAUCAGCUCACUUCAAACCCUUGUAUCUGAGGCUACUUCCAAAGCACAGGCUGCCGAACUCCGAGCUGAAGAAAUAGAUAUUGCGCGUCAAGAAGCUAUUCGAAAGCUCGAUGAAACGGUUACUGAGGCCACUUCUAGAAUGGAUCGUCUGCAACUCGAUAACACGCGUAAGGUAGCCAGUGCGGUUGAAACGGGAGCUGCCACAGCAGAGUCACAGUUCACCAAACAGGCUGAGGAGCUGAAAUCACGUUACGAGCGUAAAUUGUCUGCACAAAAGCGCAAACUUCUUCAAGUGGCUGAGGACAACGAAACUCAAUUGAUCAAGGAGAUGGUUAAAGUUCAACGAGCCUUUGACUGUACCUUAAAAUACAGCACAGAACUCGAACAAGAGCAGGCCCAAACCAACCAAGACCUAAUUUUCAUGAAGGAGUUUGCGAACUAUUCUGAUAAAAAAGCUACGGCUUACAGCCCUGCGCCUCGACGUAGGACAUUCGCCGGCGUGGCCGCAUUUGUGCACGCUGCGGUGCGAAUGCGACGCUACGACACUGCUCAUGUGUCGUACGAAACCAAACAUAAAUACCAGGAGAUGCUUCGCAAGCAUUCGCUUUGCUAA